AUGAGACACAGCAUGCUGCCUCGCACGGCGCUGCGCAGCGGGCGCAUGCCACGGAAUAGCAGGUCGCAGUUGGUGUGGACGACGCAGGCGCGGUGUCUGAAUGGGGCCGCUGCAGCUCAGGUCACACCGAACACCCAACGGCAACCACUAUCACGCCGCGAACUCAUAAAGGAUGCGAAACCCUUCUCCGAUUUUCUCACCGAUGACUUUCACCGGCAGCACGACUACCUCCGCAUCUCCGUUACGGAACGCUGUAACCUCCGGUGCGUGUACUGCAUGCCAGAAGAAGGGGUGCCGCUAUCGCCGACGAGGGAACUCUUGACGACCCCCGAGAUUGUACUGCUGUCCUCCGUUUUUGUGUCACAAGGAGUCUCCAAGAUCCGGCUGACGGGGGGAGAGCCGACGGUGCGGCGAGAUAUCGUGCCGCUCAUGCACCAGAUCGGGGCGUUGAGGCCCCACGGACUGAAGGAGCUAUGCCUCACCACCAACGGCUUAUCACUGCAUCGAAAGCUUGACUCCAUGGUGGAGGCCGGUCUCACUGGCGUCAAUUUGAGUCUCGAUACUCUGGAUCCGCACAUGUUCACUAUCAUGACCAGGAGGAACGGGUUUGACGCCGUCAAAAAGAGCAUCGACCGGAUCUUUGAGCUCAACAAGCACGGCGCGGGCAUCAAGUUCAAGAUCAACUGCGUAGUCAUGCGCGGCCGCAACGACCACGAGAUUGUCCCCUUUGUCGAGAUGACACGGGAAAAGGACGUCGAGGUGCGCUUCAUCGAGUACAUGCCCUUUGACGGCAACAAGUGGAACCAGGGCAAGAUGCUGGGCUAUGCCGAGAUGCUGGACAUGAUCAGGGAAAAGUUCCCCUCGCUGGAGAAGGUAAAGGACCACAAGAACGACACGAGCAAGACCUGGCGCAUACCGGGACACGCUGGAAAGAUAGGAUUCAUCACGAGCAUGACGCACAACUUUUGCGGCACCUGUAACCGACUGCGCAUUACCAGCGACGGAAACCUCAAAGUUUGUCUCUUUGGCAACACCGAGGUCUCGCUGCGGGACAUUCUGCGCAAGUCGAACAACGGCGACCCCAUUGACGAAAAGGCAUUCGAGGCAAUGAAGCAGAUCGAGAUGGACCGUCGGCAGGGGCUGGCAGACGCCGAGAAGCCGCUGGGUACGGCGUUUAACGAGGCAGAGCUUCUCGACGUCAUUGGCACGGCGGUCAAGAGGAAGAAGGAGAAGCACGCCGGCAUUGGAGAGCUGGAGCACAUGAAGAACAGGCCGAUGAUCUUGAUAGCUCGUGCGCCUGAGAUGUCCGACUUGAUUGGGCCCAGGUCUUUUGUUCAUUCGCGUCCCCGAGGCGUCCCAAGAGUACCAACCCACCUGCUCGUCCCGACAACGUACGCCCACCAGGCCCGCCUCUUCUCCUCCACGCCGUUGCGACGGGGCUCACGCUCACCGGAAGACGAUGCCGCUGCCCCUCAGGAUCCCACCUUGACCCACGUGUCCCCAACCGGCUCGGCGCGCAUGGUCUCCAUCUCGUCCAAGGCCCCGACCGCCCGCGUCGCCAAGGCAGUCUGCACCGUGACCUUUUCCACGCCGACGGCCCUCCGCCUCGUGCGCGCGAGCCAGAUGAAGAAGGGCGACGUCCUCGGCGUGGCGCGCGUCGCGGGCAUCAUGGCCGCCAAGCGCACGCCGGACAUCAUCCCGCUGUGCCACCCGAUCCUGCUCUCGCACGUCGGCGUCGAGCUGGAGCCCGCAUCCGAGCGCGAGGACGAGACGGUGCUGAACGUCGAGGCGACGGUCACCUGCGACGGCAAGACGGGCGUCGAGAUGGAGGCCCUGACUGCUGCUUCGGCGGCGGCGUUGACCGUGUACGACAUGUGCAAGGCGGUGGACAAGGGCAUGGUCAUUGGGGGGUUGAGGGUUGUGUUGAAGGACGGGGGGAAGAGUGGGCGGUGGGAGAUGCCGUGA